AAUGGAACAACUUCCCAAAGGUAUAUUUUUAAAAUAACUUAGCGACUGUUUAACAAUUUAUAAAGACUUCUACAAAUGGAGACAUGAAGUGCUCGAAUGAAUUUGUGACUCAGGUGAUGUCAAUGGCUAGAGAAUAUAUCUAAUUAGUUUCCGAUUAAGCAAAUACAAUUUGUUUAGAGCAAGGAAAAAAGACCAUCUCGGGGGAAUUUUUCUAUAAGGCUAUUUCAAAGCUAAAGUUAGACAGUUAAAUACCUCAUCUUAAAGAAAUAGAAGAAGAAAUUAAAGAAGAAGUGAAUGUAUAUAUGAAUUUUAUUGUAAGGUGAAAAAUCAAAAUAGAGCGAGGUUUUAGGAUGAGGAGCACUUGAAAUAGUUAGAAGAAUAGUAGAAAUAAUUAUACGAGAAGGCAAAAUUAGAGAAUAGUAAGAGUAUGAUAGAUGAUGAAGAACAUGGCAAAUCAAGGAAAUUACAUAUUUAGUUUGAAUAAGAUGAUGAAGAUUAAUAAUGA